AUGUUUUUGGCUAAAGCAUUUGGACGGACAUUCUUUGCUGCUGCUGCCAGAUCAAAACAUUGUUCCACUACAGCUGCUGCUGCCGGUGGCAGUGUAGUAUGUAACCCUCUUCCGGACUUCUUUGAGGCAGACAGGAGCCUUGAAAAUGAUAAACCAGUUGUCUAUGGUCGGAGUUGGAAGGCUUCUGAAUUGCGUCUGAAAUCUUGGGAUGACCUUCAUAAACUGUGGUAUGUGUUGUUAAAGGAAAAGAACAUGUUGAUGACUCAACGUCAAAUGCUUCAUUCUCAGAACUUGCGUUUUCAUAACCCAGAGCGCUUACCUAAGGUGCGAAAGUCAAUGUGUCGCAUCAAACACGUGCUUACCGAGAGAGCAAUUGAAGAACCAGAUCCCAGGAGGUCUGCUGAGAUGAAGAAAAUGAUAAAUGGUCUUUGA